AUGUCGAGCCGAUUCUUCCGUGCGAUCUCUGACUCAGAGUCGGACUCUUCCUCCGAGGAAGAGGAGCUUUUGUCUGACGAGGAGCAGACGCAAACGAAGCGAAGCACUCGGAAGCUCGACGACAGCGACGAUGACAGCGACGAGAGUGACGAAAGUGACAGUGACGACGACAGCGAUGACAGCGAUGAUAAUGCGCCGCAGCAGACUCGCAAGCCCAUGUCGCGUUUCAUGCGUGACGUAUCGAGCGACAGUGAGAGCGAAGAGGAAGUGCGUAAGGUUAUUAAGAGCGCGAAGGACAAGCGUCUCGACGAAUUUGAGGCGGUUAUCCACAACGUGGAAAACGCGCAGCGUAUUGAUGACUGGAUCACCAUUUCGAAGGAAUUUGAUGUGCUUCUUCGUUUGCGCGAUCGUCAGCGUACUUUGAAUGAGACGAUCCCAGCGUCGUUUAUCAAGUGCCUGUCUUCGUUGGAGACCUUCUUGGCCUCGUCUUUGGCGAACAAGGAGGCCGUGAAAAAGAUGAAGGCGCCGAAUGCUAAAGCGAUGAACGGUAUGAAGUCCAAGCUCAAGAAGGUCGUGAAGGACAAUGAAGCGGCCGUGCAACAAUACCGCGAAGACCCUGAGGGGUACGAGGCGAAAUUGCAAGCUGCGCAGCAGGCCACAGCUGUGCCGGACAUGCCAGUUAUGCAGUCCAAACCUGAAUCGGCACCUGUUGUGGCGCCUGUGCAGGAGACGGGUGAGGAGGGUGACUUCCAGACGGUGGGCAAGGAUGGCAAGGCGACGAUGACAUCGGAUGCUCUGUUCAAGGCCCUUGCUGCUGUGAUGGAGGCCCGUGGUCGCAAGAGUACCGACCGUAUCGAGCAGAUUGCCACGCUAUCCAAGCUGCAAGCCGCGGCGCAAACGCCAUACCAGCGUAUUCGCGUACUGUUGACAUUGGUAGCCGCGCGCUUCGACUACAGCACGUCGGCGAACGCGUAUAUGCCUUUGGACAUGUGGAACCAGGCCCGUGAUGAUCUGAACAAGCUCCUGGAAGUACUGUUUGAAAACCUCAGUUAUGUGGUGCUCGAAGAUACGGAGGACUACGAUGACCAGGUGGAGCGCAAGCCGAACGAGAAUGGCGAAGGUGCGUUUGUGCCUGUGCGUGGCAGUGUUGUGUCGUUCAUUGAUCGUCUGGAGGACGAGUUCACAAAGAGUCUGCAGCAUAUUGACCCCCACACGACCGAGUAUGUCGAGCGCCUCGGCGAUGAAAAGCGUCUAUACCAGACGAUCGUUCGUGGUCAGAGCUACUUUGAGAAGGUCCUGGCGCAGGAGUUGCCGGCUAACAUUUCUGCUAUGGUAGAAGACCCUCUUCGCCGUUGUGUGAUGAGUCGCUUGGAGCACAUUUACUCGAAGCAGGAUGUGAUUAUUCUGGCGCUCGAGACGGCGAAUUGCGAGGCCCAGCCCAACCUUCCUCCCUCGAAGAUCACACCGACAUUCGAGCAGGUGCGCGAUCAUCCCGAUGGACCUAUGCAGCUUGUGCACUCGCUCUGUGUGUACCUUUACCAACGGGCGGAAGAGUCCGGCGAGCGUCAGCGCACGCGUGCCAUCUUGUGCCAUGUCUACCACCACGCGCUGCACGCCGACUACUAUGUGGCACGUGACCGUUUCCUCAUGAGCCAUUUGCAAGAGUCGAUCCAUUUGGCGGAUGCCGAGACACAGAUUUUGUACAACCGUGUGUUGGUUCAGUUGGGUCUGUGUGCCUUCCGUGUGGGCUUGAUUCGUGAGUGCCACACAGCGUUGCAAGAGAUCUUUGCGACCGGCCGGGUGAAGGAGCUUCUGGCGCAAGGUGUGUCAAAGGUCAGCUCGUACAAUAUGACGCCGGAGCAAGAGAAGCACGACCGUCAGCGCCAGCUUCCAUUCCAUAUGCAUAUCAACUUGGAGCUGCUUGAGUGUGUGUACCUUGUGGCGAGCAUGCUUCUGGAGGUGCCGAACAUGGCGUGCGCUGGUUCAGACCCUGAGCUGCGUAAGAAGGUCAUUUCGCGGCCGUUCCGCCGUAUGAUGGACUACACGGACCGUCUUGUGUUCUCCGGCCCACCUGAGAACACGCGUGACCAUGUGAUGCAGGCAAGCAAGGCGCUGCAGAACGGCGAGUGGAAGGCGUGCCAGGAGCUGAUUGAGUCGAUUAAGAUUUGGAAGCUGAUUCCCGACAAGGACGCUGUGUUGAAGCGUCUUGCGCAGCACAUCCAGGAGGAGGGUCUGCGCACGUACCUGUUCAACUUUGCUUCCUUCUACGAUUCCCUUUCUAUUCAGCACUUGGCUGCCAUGUUUGAACUGUCGGAGAGCACGGUGCGUUCGCUGGUGAGCCGUAUGAUCUGGAACGAGGAAGUCUCGGCCUCGCUCGACUCUGCCGAGUCGAUGAUUGUGUUCCGUCGCAUUGAGCUGAACCGCGUACAGCAGCUCUCGAUGGCACUUGCCGACCGUGCCAAUGCGAUGCUCGAGCAGAACGAAUGGCUGCUGGACUCCAAGUCGGAUGAAUCGCGUUCUAGCGCCUCGGGCGACAGGCAGGGCAACGCAGACCGCCGCAAGGGCCGUGGCCGCCCACGCGGCCCGCAGCCUGCGCAGGCUGUGAGCCAAAAGGCCUGA